AUGAAGCGUCUUUUUCAGACAGACUGGCGCAAGGACCGCGACAAACCCGACAAGCGGCCUAGGAAUGACGCGCAGGAGGAGGCGCCCAAUGUUCCGACCGAUGUGUUUCCUCCAGCCCCGUCGACAAGCCUACAUGGAUCGAACACCAUGGCUUCACGUGGGGCAUACGAACUGACUACAAGCUCGUCUAGUCCAAUAGGCAUGAGCGUGUUGCACGAUCCCUCCGAGGGAAACGCCGCUGUGGACAUCGUCUUCAUCCAUGGCUUGAAAGGUCAUCGUGAAAAGACCUGGACAUCAGACAAGGCAUCUGAGCCUUGGCCUAAAGCUUUGCUUCCGUCCGAAAUACCGGAUGCCCGAGUUUUGGCGUACGGCUACGACGCAGAUGUGGCCAAGGCUACCGAGAUGGUCUCAGUCAGUCGCAUUCGAGACCAUGCGGCGACUUUUUUGAAGAGACUUACGAACUUUCGAGAUCGAACCGACAGCUCUGCGCGUCCCAUCAUAUUUGUCUGUCACAGCCUGGGUGGACUGGUCUGUCAAGCUGCUCUCGCCCGCGCCCACACAAGAGAACACCUUAAAGAAGUCCUCGAAGCGACCCGAGGCAUACUCUUCCUCGGUACACCGCAUCACGGCUCAGCUCUUGCUGUGUGGGCAGAACGACUUGGCAAAUCCGUUGGAGUGCUAAAGCAGACAAACACCGAAAUCCUCGGCGUUCUCAGACCUGAGUCGGAGGUCCUCGCUGAGAUUCAGGACAAUUUUCACAACAUUACACAAUCCCAGACAAAAGCGGGAGUCGGCACUAUUCAGAUUACGUGCUUCUACGAGGAGCUGCCUCUUCCCGGAAUUGGGCUGGUCGUUCCUCAACACUCAGCCAUCUUCCCAGGUAAAGAUGCCAUUGGAAUACAUGGGACGCAUCAUACCAUGGUGAAGUUCAGCAGUCCUGAAGAUUCUGGAUUUAUCGAUAUUUGCGAUGAGCUUCGUACUUGGAUCAAGAAGUUUGAACGGAAAGUCUCUGUACUACCACGUCAAAGCACGCCACCUCUAGCAGUUGAGGAGCAAAAUGAGAAGAGGUCUACAAACCCGCCAAAGAAGACGGCAUCCAAAUUUCUUGUCCCAUAUGCGAAAAACAAGAGUUUCGUCGAACGAUCCGACAUCUUUACACGUCUUAAGAGCGAAUUUUGUCAUGGUCCUGAGGACGACAUUGAAGAUGCUAGAUCUCGAGUUUGUCUUUAUGGCCUCGGAGGGAUUGGAAAGACUCAAAUCGCCAUUGCGUAUACCUACUGGUUACGCAAGGCCCAUCCUGAAAUUUCUGUUUUCUGGGUACACGCCAGUGAUUCAGAUCGGUUCCGUCAAGCCUAUUCUGAGAUUGCGGAAGAAUGCAACAUUGCCGGUCGUAGUGACCUUAACGUCGACGUGCUAACGCUCGUAAAAUCUUGGUUUGAGCGGCAAAAGACUGGCCCCUGGUUUCUGGUUCUCGACAAUGCCGACAAUACCGAGCUGUUCUUUAAUGAUCAUACUCAACCCAACAACACCAAUUCAUCUGACGUCGAAUCGAACAAGGGUAACAGCAACAUGGCCCGCUUCCUUCCCCAAUACGGCAAUGGCUCGAUCCUCGUUACAACACGGAACAAAGAAGCCGGAUCGAGACUUGUUCCAGGCCAACCAUUAGUGGAGAUUGGACCUAUGAGCGAUGGAGAGUCGCUUCAAAUGAUUCGCGAGAUAGCUGGAGACUCUUCGCUGUCAAUGGAUGCCGCUACCGUCCUUUCAAACCGCCUUGAAAACCUACCACUCGCUAUUGCCCAAGCUGCAGCUUUUAUGCAUGAAAAUUGCAUGAGCCUACAUCAAUAUCUUGUUAUUCUGAGUAAGGGCGAUGGUGUCGAAGUUCAGCUACUGGGUGGGAAUUUUGAAGCCGUUGGUCGAGACGCAGACGUUCCACACGCUGUAAUGGCGACAUGGGUGGUGUCGUUCGAGCAUAUCAAGAAAAGGAACCCACUUGCGGCCGAUAUCUUGUCGAUGAUGGCUUUUUUUGAUCGUCAAGCGAUUCAAAGGCAGUUCAUGACUAUCUACAUGUACUUGGAAGUACGUCGCGAAAAGAAACAAUUCGAUAAUGAAAGCGACGACAAUGAAAGCGACGACAAUGAAAGCGACGACAAUGAAAGCGACGACAAUGAAAGCGACGACAAUGAAAGCGACGACAAUGAAAGCGACGACAAUGAAAGCGACGACAACGAAAGCGACGACAAUGAAAGCGACGACAAUGAAAGCAACGACAAUGAAAGCAACGACAAUGAAAGCAACGACAAUGAAAGCAACGACAAUGGAUCGUCACCAGGACAAGACGAAGCCAGACAUUACAAAGCGUAUUUCGAUUUCAACGCGAAAUUCCUAACCUCAAAAGACUUUGAGGACGACUCCAGGGAAGACAUUUGCGACUCGAUUGAGGACCACAUCAAUGAAUACUUCGGAGAUCCAGACCAAAGUCUAGAAACUUUGGAGCGGGAUGGGGCUUAUUCGAUUCUUCUCGAGCAAGCUCUAGGUAUUCUCAAGGCUUUUUCGUUCAUCAAGGAGAACAAAGAUGGAACCUUAUGCAUCCAUCGUCUCGUUCAGUUGGCAACCGCAAAUUGGCUCAAGAAGAAGGGCUCCGCAAGGUGGUUCUUCGGAAGGGCGCGGGCAACGCUGGACGAAUUCUCCCCAGCUUCUGCAAAGGCCAACUCUUUUUCUUACAAGUGUAUUCCUCAUUAUCGGGCUUUACUAGAAUACCUUCUUGGACAAUGCCUCGACCUUCAUGAUUAG